GAAAGCCGGGUUCUUCGGACCGUGCCUCUUCUUGCUGCUUGUUUGCCACACGCUAAAUGCAAAGUUAUAGUCGGAAGAAAGUUCAGCGAAGAAAAGCACCCGGAGCUAGCUGCUGUGUGUCACGAUGACAAAACGCUUAUCCUGUACCCUGGUCCCAAAUCCCAGAACCUGGAGGAGUUGGUCCAAUACCGCGAGGUCGUCAGCAUCGGAUACAACGUGAUCAUCAUAGACGGCACAUGGAGUCAGGCUAAAAACAUGUUCCUGAAAAACAGCAUGUUUCACCUGCCCAAGCAGGUGCAGCUCCAUCAGACCCUGUCCAGCCAAUAUGUGAUCCGGACUCAGCCCUCCAACAUCUGCCUGUCCACGCUGGAGUGUGCUGCUGUGGCCUUGUCCAUCCUGGAGCAGGACGCCGACAUCCUGGAGGUUUUGUUGAGACCUCUGAAAGCGUUGUGCUCCUUCCAGCUGCAGCACGGAGCUCAAGUUCAUCACAGCAAAGAGCAUCUCUUGAGGACCGGCAUGUACGACAAACCCAUGCCCAAGAACAAGCGCAAGAUCAAGAGGAUGGAGAAACUCAUAACGGACCACAACAUCUGCCCAAGAUGA